AUGCGCCGUCGAGGUGGCGCAUGGCCUGAGCUGGAGCAGGCCAUGGCGCGGUGGAUCGCAAACGCAGGGCCCGCUGGCGUGCCUCUGACGCUGCAGACCAUCCGCGGCCAUGUCGCCACGAUGGCACGGAACAUGGGCAUUCCGCCCACAUUCCGAUGCUCCAUAGGCUGGGUGCGCCGUGCUUUGAGGCGUCAGGGAGUGAGGUGCCGGGCAGCACAAGGCGAGGCGGCUAGUGCGGACAUGGCCGCCGUGCGGGACACACGUGAGAAGCUGCCGCAACUCCUCACGCAUCUCGGUGUCACCCCGCGGGACACGUUCAACAUCGACGAGACGGCGCUCUGGUUGUCGGUCCUCCCUCGGCGCACGUACAGCAACGGUCGGAUUCCGGGCCGCAAACUGUCGAAAGAGCGGCUCACUGUGGCAUUCCUCGUCAAUGGUGACGGGAGCCACGUCUUCCGACCGCUCGUCAUCAGUAAGGCUAAGCGGCCGCACGACUUCCGCCCGGAUUAUGACCCGGAGUCCCUUUGCUACUGGCGGCACAACACCAAAGGCUGGAUGACCUCGCCGCUCAAUGCUGCCAUGUACGCCGAAAAUCGCAAGAUUUUGGUGCUGCUCGACAACGCGAGCAGCCACAUGCUCCGCUCACAGCUCGCGUGGAGCGAGAUCGUGUGCGGGAUGCGGACGACCUGCAUGAGCAACUUGCGGCUCGUUUUCUUGCCGCCGAAUACCACCGCCUUCACACAACCGCUCGAUCAGGGUAUCAUAGCCACCGUAAAAGCCCGCUACCGACAGCAUUGGUUGCGGGCCUUCACGGCCUUGUGGAACGGCGAGGGCGCGACUACCGCCGUCGCCCGGUUCCGCCCCAAUUUGCGCGAUGUCCUCGCGUGGCUGUCAGACGCGUGGAUGUCUGUCGGCGAGCGCACCAUUCAACAGUGCUGGUGGCGCACGGGGUGUCUGCCGCUGUCAUGGUCCCUGGAGCUGUCGCAUGUACACGACGAUGAGCCCACCCCUGCCGUCUACCCCGACAUCGAGCUCGACGACGACAUCGAUGAUGUCGGGACUCUGAUCAGCGGGCUCGCACUCGGGAAUGCGGCGAUGACGGCCGCAGAGUACGUCGCCAUCGACGACGGCGAGCCGACCAGCGCUGAGGGACAGCCUCCGAACGAGCCGGAGUCGGGCGUAGACGCCGAGCUCUGGCAGGCGCCGACUACCAUUCCAGCCGUCUACGACGACGCCGACCCAGUGUGCCGCGAAGCGCGCCGCACAGCCCGGGCGGCAUGCAAAAUGCUUAUAGGAUACGCUCGGGCCACCCGCAUCACGCCGCGCGAUCUGUGCCAUCUAUUCGAUAUACGCAACCCCUUUAUAAUCGCGCGGAUGGAGCGGGCUAGCCCGUCGUUGAACCUCAACGUGGCGCCUCAGCCCGUACCCUCCCCGGGCGCAACUCCCACGCCCGAGACCCCUCGUCCGCGCGGUCGGGUGCUGCCCGACUGGAUGACCCGCCCGUCUCGCCGUCAGGAGCUGUUUGACGCCGGUGUGGGCGCCGUGAUGGGCGGGUAUGUGGACACGGCUGAGUGGAUGCGUAUUCGGCAUGAGACACCUGAGAGUCAGCAUGAGACACCUGCGAAUCGGCAUGAGACACCUGCGAAUCGACCUGGCAGUGGCAGCGGUGGAGCGGACCGUCACGUUGACGGCAAGAAAGUGCGCGUGGUGCAGUAUCCGUAUAAACCGCUGCUGCCACGGGACGGGUUCAGCUGGGUCAAGCUCUACUUCCAGUGCGGCCUGCGCACGUCCCACGCCUGCCCCGCACGCCGCACGGUGGACCUCAGCUGCUGGGACCCCUCCGCGCCUCUGGUGCUCAACUACCACUGCACGCACAACCACUUGCCGCACUACCACGUCGUUGGUGCUGCUACUACCUCUCCUGCGCCUCUGCCCAAGGACCGCUCAGUCAAAGUCCGCUCAGUUAGAACGAGGGGUUCUGCUGCUGUGCCUGCUGGUGCUACCGCUGCUGCUGCUGCAACUGCUGCUGCAGAUGGUGCCGACAACAGCAUGGCGAGCAAGCGAGCGGCUGUUAAGGAGGAAGCAAUCGCGGCAAAUGGGACUAUUGGCAGACCGCUGCGAUGCCCGCCGUCGUUCCUGCCAGCCCUCGCUUCCAUCCCAGUCAGCGGUGCCACUUGGAAGGAUAACUCCGAUCGUGCACCCUCCCGCCCUUCUUCCAAUGCAUCGUCUUCGUCCGGGCACGCUCCCGCCUCGGCUGUGGCAGAUUUGCGGGCGGCACUGGAGGCACUGCUCAGUGGAUCACCUGUGCCUGCUGUCGCUCCCACGCCUACUCCUGCUUCCUCUGAUAAGCCUGUGCAUGCGAGGGAGAGUACGGUGUCUCCUUUGGGGAGUCGUGCGGCCGCUGCUGCUCCCUCGCCUGCUCCUGCCUCCUCUGAUAAGCCUGCGCAUGCGCGGGAGAGUAUGGUGUCUCCUUUGGGGAGUCGUGCGGCCGCUGCUGCUCCCUUGCACCCUCAGUCGCACCAGUUACCAGCUGAGGUGAUUACAGCGUUGACGCUGCUGGUGCAGUCCGCACUGGCGGAAGGAGGGCACGUGGGGGCAGAAGAAUCUGAGUCUGUUCCGGCUGAAGGCACGCCACAGCAGCAGCAGCAGCAGCAGGAGGAGGAGGAGGAGGAGUUACCAGGAUUGGAAGACACAGACUGCCUCUUUCCAGCCGCUCCCCUGACGCCGGCCUUCCAGAAUCCCACGAGUUGCCCUCCGCGGAGUUUCUCCGUUCUAGCCUGCCGGCCAGUUCUAGCAGCGGAAUCAGCCUCGGCAUCCGCAUCGCCGAUCCUCCCUGCCUCGGCCGGAGCUCUGGUGUCGGAUCUGACGCAGCGGGCUCGGGUAUGGAGCGUGGGAGCGAAGCCGUCGAUGAUACAGCUGCUCAAGGUGCUGCGGGAGCAAGGCGUGCUGCUGGCGGUUCUGCUGAGCCUCUCCGCUUUUUUCUCCAUGGCAGAAACAUCUAUCACCACGCUCUGGCCGUGGAAGGUGGGAGCUGGGAUGGGAAGGGUGGGGUACGGUAAUAAGGGGUUGAUUUUUGUUGCUUCUAGGGCUAACCGCUUUCUUCUCCAUGGCGGAAACGACCAUCACCACGCUCUGGUCGUGGAAGUUUGCCUGAUCCGCACUCCCUCCCCUCCGCUCCCUCCUCUCAUCAGGUGCGCGAGCUGGCGGAGAAGUAAAAGGAGGGCAGUGUAUUCGAGCUGCUGCGUGGGGCCAUGCUCCCCUUGGCCUGAUCCACACGCUCUCCCUUUGUUCGCAAUUGCUGUUCCCUCUGCGCGCACCCGUGUUCUCUCCCUCCGCAUCCCUGUUCCCUUCCCUCCCUCCUCUCGCCAGGUGCGCGAGCUGGCGGAGAAGGAGAAGGAGGGCAGUGUGUUCCAGCUGCUGCGGCGGGACGUGACUCGCUUCCUCACCACCAUCCUCAUCGGCACCACCUUGGUGAACAUUUGGGCAACGGCUUUGGUCACAGACGCCGCUACAGCGCUCUUUGGGGAGGCAGGGGUCAGCGCUGCUACAGGCGUGAUGACGAUCCUGCUGCUCGUCUUUACAGAGAUUGCCCCCAAGUCCAUCGCCGUGCACAACGCCACACAAGUCGUCCGUGUCGUGCUGCGUCCAGUGGCGUGGCUGUCAGUCGUGCUCUACCCCGUGGGUCGCCUCUGCACCUAUGCUUCCACGGGCCUCUUCCGCCUCCUCGGCCUCAAGACCAGCGGAGAACCGUUCGUGACAGAAGAGGAGCUGAAGCUCAUGCUGAGGGGGGCGGAGAUGAGUGGCGCUAUUGAGGAGGAGGAGCAGGACAUGAUCGAAAAUGUGUUGGAGAUCAAGGAUACCUAUGUGCGUGAGGUGAUGGCCCCUCUAGUCGACGUGAUGGCGGUGAGCUCCUCCGCGUCCCUCAUGGAGCUGCUCGUGCCCUUUCCGCUCCUCCUCUCCCCCACAUCACAGGAUAUGAUUGAAAAUGUUCUCGAGAUCAAGGAUACCUACGUGCGUGAGGUGAUGACCCCUCUGGUCGACGUGGUGGCGGUGGGCUCGUCUGCGUCGCUCAUGGAGCUGCGGGCGCUGUGGGUGCGCCACCAGUACUCGCGUGUACCUGUCUACGAGAGGAGGGUUGAUAACAUUGUUGGCAUUGCGUAUGCCAUGGACAUGCUCGACUACGUGGAGCAGUACUCGCAUGUUCCUGUCUACGAGAGGAGGGUGGACAACAUCGUGGGGAUUGCGCAUGCCAUGGACAUGCUCGACUACGUGGAGCAGGUGGGAUCUGUGUGGGGAAGGUGGUAUCUGUGGCAGCGCAGGGCAGGUGGUAUCUGGGUGGGCAACAUUGUGGGGUCGCGUAUGCCAUGGACAUGCUCGAUUAUGUGGAGCAGAUGGGUGGGGGUCUGUCUGGGGCAGGAAGUAUCUCUGAGUCAUGCUUUACCCCAUCGCCCCCCCUCCACUCCACCCCUCCCAUCCUCCCCUCCCCCUCCCUUUCCCUGUCUUCCCCAAACCUGCCCAACCAAUCUGACUCCCUCUCACUGCUCUCUCUCACUCCCUCUCACUCCCCACCUCUCACUGCCUCUUCUCACUGCCCCAUCUCAACCCCUUCUUCUACCGCUUCCUUCCCAACGCCCCUUUCCCACCCCUCCCUCCCUCUCGCUGUCACGGCCAGCCGGAGCUGCUGCACUGCCUGAGUGUGGGCAGGAUUGCACACCGGCCGGCAUACUUCGUCCCUGCCGCAUCUCCUCGUUCCAGUAUGCAGCCUCUGGAGCACGCAGGCAGCCACGCUACUCCAUGUCGGUGUGGAACCUUCUGAGAGAGUUCCGCAUCCGCAAAGUGCACAUGGCCAUCGUGCUGAACGAAUACGGUGGCACCGUGGGGCUGGUGACACUGGAGGAUGCUGUAGAGGAGAUCGUGGGGGAGAUAUUCGACGAGAAUGACUCCAAGGAGGAGAUUCGGCGCAAGACGGGAUACAUCAUCCAGAGGGCGGAGGGCGUGUAUGAUGUGGAUGCCAACACCACCAUUGAUGACCUUGCUGACAUUCUCCAAGUCGUGCUGCCUCCCAGAGCUUCCUUUUACGAGACGGUGUCUGGUUUCGUGUGCGAGGCGUUUGGAUACAUUCCCCGCACGGGGGACACCAAGAUAAUCAGGCUGCAGCGGAAGGAGAGCGAGGAGGAGGAGGAGGGCGACGGGGCGGAGGAGGGGGGAGCGGGCGGGAAGGGAGGGAAGGGGCGGGAGAGGGACGGUGGGGAUAAGGGGACGCGUAAGCAGCUGCUGCGAUUCCAGCUCGAGAUUUUGUCCGGUAAUGCAAGGAAGGUGGUGGCAGUGCGAUUCGAAGAGCUGAAAGAGACGGAAGGGGCCAGUGGGGGCGGUGUAAAGGGAAAGCUUGGUGCAGGGAAGGAAGAGGAGGAUAUAGAGAAGGAGACAGAGAGGAAGAGAGAGAAGGAUAGGGAGCGAGCAUUGGUGGAGGAGUGGGAGAGUGAGAAGAGGAGGGAGGGGAGGAGGAAGGAGAGGAUCAGCCAGGAAAGGGACGGUGAGAGGGACGGUGUGGGGGAAAGUGGGAGUGAGAGGGGGAGUGGGAAGGAGACUGAGGGUGGGCUCGUGAGAAGAGGAGAGGGAGGUACUUUUGAUGGUGUGAGGAAUGACGGGGUUGGAGGAGAGGAGGAGGAGGAUGAGGAGGGUUCGGAUGGAGAGGAGUCAGACGGGGACGGAGAGGGGAGGAGGAGGGGGCAGUCCAGGGGCGGGCUUUACCAGGAGCAGGAAGAGCAGCAGCAGCAGCAGCAGCUGCAGUUGCAGCAGCAACACUCGCAGCAGCAGCAGCAGUUGCAGCCGGCACAGCAGCAGGCAGCAGCAACAGGGAAUGAGGGCUCAGGGUUGGAGCAUGGGCCGGCAGGUGCUGGUAUGACUACCAGCUACAGCACGAGCAGCUGCAGCAGCGUCAUGGUCAGCAGCAGCAGCAGCAGCAGCAGCAUGAUCACAACUGGAGGCAUGGUAGGAGGGAGUGAUUCGCCAGGCAGCAGCAACGGCAGCAGCUUGGUGCGAGGGGUGGCGUGGCGGGAGGAGGCGGUGACGUGGCGAACUGAGGAGGAGGAGGAAGAAUCAGAUUACAGCUCAGGGUCUGAUGGUCAUGUGGGGCUGGAGGGGGGCACGGGAGGAGGAGGCGGGGGAGUGAGGGAGUUUGAGGGUGUGGCGAUGGCUCAGGAGCAGUACGACCGGUGGGAGGAGAAGGAGAAGCAGGUGAGGGUUGGCGGCUGCUUGCAGAGGGGCUGGGAGGUAGCACAGGCUAGUUGA